AUGCAAUUAUAUUUCGAGUAAACUUUGCAUUUAUAAAUUAAAUUACUUUACUUAUAAAAUAUAUUUGAUUUCAGAAAAUUAACCUUUUCAAUAUUUUACAUUUUAUAAGAGAAAACAAAGAAAAUAAUAAAGGGUUCAGUAGAAAUGUAUUUAGGUAGUCGAGAUGGGUUAAAGGCAGAAUAUUUUUGGUAGAAAGUUAAUAAUAAAGACAAUCUACUCAUGAUAUUUAAAUCCAAAAGUGGCUCUAUCUUUGGAGCAUACUCUCCUUGUAAAUGGGUGACUAAUGGAUAGAUUAUAGCAGAUAAUACAUUAACAUCUUUUAUAUUUUCAUAAACUCAUGAUUAAAUAUAUAAUUUGAAAGAGGAUAAGAAAUAUGCUAUUUAUUGUAAAAGUGAUUUUGGACCAUCAUAUGGAUAUUAUAAUGAUAUUGAUAUUAAAGGUGAUUUUACUGAUGGCCAUUCUAAUUUAGGAGAGGAUUAUGAAUUUGAUAGAGAUAAAAAUAAGAAUUAUUAAAUAUUUUCAGUUCAAAUAAAUCUACUAUUAGAUUUAUUUUUAAUCAAGAUAAGAUAGGAUGCCAAAAAACUUAAUAAAUAAUUUAAAUAACACUUACUUCAAUAAUUCUACUUCUUAGCUUUUAAGAACAAAUAAUUUUGA